AUGACACACCUCAUUCUCAAAAUAUCCAACGUUUUGGCAUACGCCUUGGUAUUAUUUAUAACCCUCACCGGUAUAGCUGAUCCAGAAAAUAAUCGUAGCCAUGAAGACGAAAGUGAAGAAAGUUUACUUUACCCGGCCGUUUGGACUUUUAAAAUUUGGUACCUUAUUUAUGGACUGUUGGGUGGCUUUGUGCUCUACCAGUUCUUUCCACCUGCUAAUAGUGUGACUGUUGAGGCUAUUAAGUGGUAUCACGUUAUCGCUAGUAUUCUACUUAGUAGCUUUGUAGUUGUUUGGCAUCAAAGAGACUUUGGAACUGCCGAAAUUGUUAUUCUCCUACUAUUACUGAUUACUCUCGCCAGAACCUAUCGAAAUCUUGGCUUGUACCCGGCAUCAACCAUUUAUGACCGCUUAUUCAUUCACUAUCCGUUUACGAUUUAUGUUACAUGUGUUGGAUUUGCAACUGUUAUCAAUAUUUGCGCAUUAAUUCCCUUGAUGAACGAUAUUUUGCCAUCGAUAUUCGCGAUUGCUUUUAUCGGUAUAAUUGGCUUUUAUUUCAUCGAUCAUCAUUACCGUAAGGAUGCAGUGAUUUCGAGCACUCUUGUUUGGGGACUUGCUGGAAUUGCGUUGAAUAAUCAUGAUGAACCCGAGGAGAAACCUAUUUUGAUUGCUGCUACGGUUGCUGGUGGUGUGGUCUUUGGUGGAAUUUUGAAAUUUUGGAUUAAUCGAAUGCAUUCAUGGUGGAGAUUAAGAAGCGCUAGUUUGGAUGAGAGAGCACCUUUGUUACCAUAG